ACUUUUUCUUUUGAAAGUUUAGAAAUUUAUUUUUUAGAAUUUUAUUUAAAGUUCUCUCUUAGUUUUAGUUCUAAAUUUAAUUAUGACAAAGAACAAAUUUUGAAUUAAUGGAAUCUGAGAAGAACCCAAAAUUUGGUGAUAAUUUUGGAGGAUUUGAUAUUGAUGAUGACACUUUAGCUAUUCUUGUGAAUAAAAAGAAGUCUAUAAAAAUGGAACUCAAUAAAGUCACAGGAGAACCUAUGGAAGUUGAUAAAGAGCCCAACAGCCCACCACAUGUGAAUAAUAACAACAUUCAUCAGAAUAACAAACCAAAAUCAAAUGUUUCAUCGCCAGAAACCAGUGAUGCAAAACAAACCCGAAAUGGUAAUAAAAGACUUAAAAGAGAUCUUUCACGUACUGAAGCUAUAGAAAAUUUGGAGACUAAUGAAUUACAACCUGGAUUAGAAUUAACAACUCCAACCUUUAAUCUUACGUCAUCAGCACCUCGAAGUCGGAAAAGUGUUGGAAGAAAAAUGAAUGUUGACAUUAGUGACCCAAUUUAUAAACUCCCAUUUGAUUUUGGUUGGAAAAGAGAGCUGGUUUAUAGAACAACAGGAGAUUCUGCAUCUAAUAAAUCUAACAGAAGUGGUGAUGUGUACUAUUAUUCUCCAACUAAUAAAAAACUUCGAUCGUUAAGAGAAAUACAAGAACAGUUGGAUUUAUCUAACGAUGGUCUUUUAAGUAUAGAAAGUUUUACAUUUUUAAAACAACCUUUGGGCUUAGAUGAUCGAACUAAGGAAAUAAUCAGAGAAGCAAAUACUAAGUUAUCUAAAGAAGAUUCAUUUACUGGGACUGGUAGUAAAUCUAAAAAAGUGAAAACUCCUAUUCGACAACCUAUAGUAGACAACAUUCGUGAGUUAUCCGAUGACGAAAACGAGAAGACAUCAACAAAAAUGAAAGUUGUAUUUAAAAAUGUUAAAGGUUCUAAAUCAAAGUCAAAAAAAGAAAAAGAGUCUUUGAACACAUCGUUAUCAACUCCAGAAUAUAUAGCUGAAGACUGGCAAGCAAUACAAUCCAGUGCUACGACCACUUCCCCUACAAAAUCUAAUGACGCUGAAACUUCUAAUUCUACUAGCAAUAAAAGAAGGUUGUCAACAUCAGAUGGAGAGGUUAUUAUGCAGGCACCAUGUGGCAUACGGUGUGCCAACAGUAAAGAACCAGCGACACUAAUGUGUGCACAAUGUUUGGUGUACUAUCAUCCGGCUUGUGUCAAUCUAAAUGCUAAUCUCAAAAUUAUUGGAUACGUGUGUGUUAAUUGUCGAUCAUCUGUACGCCAAAGAAAUAGACGACCUCAACCAUCUCAUACUGUCAUUGUCGGUAGUUCUGAACCUGAACAAUUACGUGUUGAACCAAUACGUAUCCGACAAGUAGCUCAAACAACAGAUUCCCCAAAUUUUUUCAUCGAUCGAACGCCUAGAAGAGAAGAACCCACUAAUACCGCCGAUGAACUGUCUGAAAAUGAUGAAAGUUUAAAUACAACAUCUACAAGUACAGUGAUUUGUCAAGGUACCCCUUGCACAACUACAAUGGUAGAUGGUAUGUUUCAUCCUCAAUAUGUUUAUGAAAUGAAACAAACCCGAGGACCUAGUCUAAUGACAUGUGUCAUCCAAGAACCUAAAAAUUUAGAUGGGUUUUCUGAAAUAAAUGGAUCGUUAUUGGAGUCGCCUGUUCCAAUUGCAUCCAUGCAAUCGUUUAAUUAUAUGGCCACGGCUAUGAGGAACGUAUUCAAGUAUUUAAAAGUUCAGGAACUCCUUUCAGCAUCUCGAGUGUGUCCUGCUUGGAACAUGAUAGCUAUGAAUAGAAUGUUGUGGCAAAAUAUUCGUUUAAAGAAUUCUCAAGUUCGCGAUUGGGAAAAAUUUGCAGACACAAUUAACAGGCAAGGGACAGAAGUGUUGGAUACAAGGCGUAUGUUGAUACCAUCUAAAUUAGAUGAUUUCGACAGUUUCUGGUUAUGUUUCUCUGCGGCAAUAAAGAAAGCCAAAAAUUUAAAAAACAUUGAGUUGUACAGAUGUCCGACACAUGUGGUGGAAGAUACCAUUUAUGCACUACCACAACUUGUUAUACUUAAUGCCACAUCAAUAAAAAAUCCACUUUUGACAAAAGAAGCCAAAAAUUGUGCAGAGUUUAUGCCAUUAAAUCUCAAGUACCUCGGUCAAAUGACAAACCUCACUGAAAUCAGAAUAAAAAGUUUUAAUGGCAUUAAAUUAACCUCAUUAGCAUCGUUGGACAAAUUAGUUCACUUGAAAACUUUAUCUUUGACUUCUAUUAAAAAUUUCCCGAAAGAUAUUUGCAAAAGUUUGGACACUGUAACUGUUGACUUGGAAUUUUUGGAGAUUGGCGAUUGUGAUUGUUUGUCUAACGAAUUUGCUGUAUCAUUAAGACGAUUUGUCAAUUUAAGAUCACUGAGGUUAGAAAACUGUUGUGGACGUUGGGAUUCUUAUGUCCAAUCAGUUUUCAGCGCCAUCAGAAGCCUUGACAAGCUCAGUAUUCUGGAACUAAUUAAUGUCGAGUUCAGUAAUACUGUAGAAGAUGAAUUAGAAAAAUGUGAUGGCAUCAGAGCAUUGCUCAUUAUUCCUGCGUAUAUUAGCCAAUCUGCAACGACUAACUGUCACCUAAUUGAUUGUCUGAAGAAACUUUCUGGCACUUUAACGCACGUAGUUUGGGGAUUAACCCAUGAACUAUUACGUGUCACAGACCUAUUCAUCACACAGUACCAACAAAAUCAACAUACAAUUGGCUAUAACUUGGAACUAUCACAUACAAAAGAAACUUCCAACAACAUACCUAUACUGAGAACGAGGAAGAAGAAAGAUCAGUCUGGAGAGGCUACAUCCGAUAAAGAUGAGAAACAAGACAGUGUUGACAUAUUAUCAGUGCCCGCGCUGGAGACGUUAUUAGAGACUAUGAUGAUCGGCGCAAAAACCAAAGUGAUUAAAGUUCCGUUUUCUGCAACAAACCGAGUAUAUUUAGCAGAACAAUUCAACGAUCUUUAAACGAUUAUUGUUUAGUUUUUUUUGUCUCAAUACUGGAGAAUGAAUUGUCUUGUCUGUGAAAAACUAUUUAAUGUAUUAUUAUUUAAAUUUUGUAGUACGAUAGAAAAGAUCAUUCAUUUUUCACCAUACUUUAACCAGAUAACUCGAAUUAAGUAAUUAUUAAUAUUUAAUAGUAAUAUUUAUAUAGAUGAGUUCGUAUAAUUAUUACAAUGCAUAUUUUGUUUUUUCUUUUUUGUACAUAUUAAAUAAGUUGACAUUUUAUAUUUUUUUAAGUAUACAAUGGGCAAAUGACUAAUGAAUAAUUACUGCUCGUUUCAUGACAAAAAAUAUAAAAUGUAUUAUGUAAGUACCUUACUGUUUCAAUGAAAAGUCAAGUAAAAUGUAUAUUUGCUAGAACUUUUAUUUUUAUUGUAUAGUAAAUAUGUUUAAAAUUAAAAAUAUGUCUAAUUCUCAUUGUAAUACUAGUACUUUAUUUUGAGAAUUAAACUUAAUACUGUUUUGUAAUAUUUUUUAUAAUAAGCCGUGCUGUAUAUUCUAUAAUUACGUGUGUACCUACCACGUUUGAAAGUAAAACAAUUUGUAUUGGGCAACAGUUUCAACGGAGUAGCAUAGCAAUAUCAUGUUUUCUACAGACUUGUAAACAUACUAUAUAUAUAUAUAUAUU